AUGAGACGUCGAGUAGAUUCGAUUAUUACUGAGCUUUCGGGUGGACCCAUCGAUCAUGAUGACCAACAAUAUUUAGUAGAGCAAUUUACAAAGCAAACCAGUGAAUCUUACUUCAAAUUUCGCCGAUAUUUUACGAUUUUGUUGGCUAUUGAAGUCCCGAUUCUCAGCUUUGUAGCAAAAAAUCCAUAUUUAAGGUUACUCACGUUACUAUCAGUUUUAUUAACGGCAUUUCUAACUAACGCGAUAUUUCCGCGGUGGCGGUCGUCAUAUUACGCGGCCAAUUUUGCCGGAUGUUUUUUGUUCGUUUACUUGGCCUGGUGUAUGGGUGCGCAAUCUCUAUGGAUUUUACUUCCAGUAAUUAAUAUGGCGACAAUGGUAAUGAUGGAGAGUACAAACAGCAAUGUUAUUGAGGAGAUUGAUCGAUUACGGGAAAAGACGUACAAGCUCAAAACGGCGUAA